UAUGUUUAUCAUAUUUAUCAUAAACUACUUACACAAUUCAAUUCUGUAUUCAGCCGUCAAAAUUCUCAUACAAAUUUAUUUGUUAGGAACUUUUUUGCUAUCGAUAUCAAGAAUAAUUUGAAAUGGCAGCGAAAAUUACAAACAAAACUUUCGUGUAAAUCCAGUAUUACAACUCUUGGUGGGAAAAAUUACGGUCAUUGUGAUCAGUGUUGUUCAAAUUAGACAUAAAUAAAAUAUAUACAUUUGCUUAAUCUAAACAUUUAACACUCACAUUUUCUGUAUCUAUAACAUUGAAUACACAAUUGAACGCACAUUAAUUGAAAAUUUGAUUUGCUUCACUGUCAAAAGUAUUGCAUUUAUUUCAUAUACGUAUGUAUAUUCAUUCAACAUAUGUGAAAUGUGUUAAAUUGUGUUUAAACAUUACAUACAUGGCACAGCAUUUUCUAUAAAAACACGAAUUAUUUUAAUUAACAUUAGUUAUUAUUUGGAAGUUAGUGGGAGCUCUUUAAUCAGGAUUAAACUACUACUUAAAGCUAAGAGCAGAUAUGAAGUUAUUCGUCGCAUUUAUUGCAAUAGUUUUAGUUGCAAAUAUGACUCAAGCUACUUCGAGUGUAGGUUCACCAGAAACAAUAAAUUCAACAGACGAUGAUGAACAGUUUGAUAUUACAUUAAACAAUUUAAAACGUUUGCAGGACAAAAAACAGGAAAAGCGUUAUGCUUAUAAUGGUAUUGGUAUCUACGGAAACGGUUUGGAUACGCUGAGUUACUAUAAUAACAAUCCGUAUGGUUCUAGAAUUUGGGGUCAAGAUAAUUAUAGUGGUUAUGGAGGAUAUGGUGGUUAUGCAGGUUAUGGCGGUUAUGGCACCUAUGCUGGUGUAGGCGUUUACAAUCCUUAUAUCAAUUCUUACUAUAAUCGCAUUGGUGGAUAUCCUUAUACACGUCCAGGAUAUGGUUAUAAUAGCUACCCAUCAAGUUAUUAUUCUAGUAAUUACGCAAAUAGUAUUAUUGGCAGCGGAAUUGGUGGCUUAUCUGCUGGUGUUAUAUCGGCGGUACCGACCGCUGGAUAUCAAUACGGACCCGGCGUAUCUGGUACAAUUUAUUGAUUGUUUUCAUAUCAUGUUGUCCUGUUUUGUUAACAGAAUGCAGAGAUAAUCCAUAACCAUGAUUAUUCAUUUAUAAAAUAAUUUUAAAAAAGUUUACGAACUGUUUUGAAAUAA